UCGUGAAGAGAUCUUUCUUUCUCCCGCAGAGUACAAGAAGAAGAAAAAAGCCCAGUGAUCUGUACCAUCAGCCGCAGUUGAACGCAAAAAAGGAACAAGCUCUCAACGUUUCCGCGUGUUUUACUGCAAAAAGUGCAUAAAAACCAGCAGCUGUGCAGCAAAUCCAGUCUUGGAGGCAGUGAGCCAGUGUCAUCUCGUCGUUGGUUGGAAGCCAGCAGCACCAGCAGCUCUUUGGAUCAGUCAGCUAUUAGUGGGGUUGGUGAACAGUGCAACUGGAAAUUUGCGGUUUGAGCAGCAGAUUUUCAAGUGACUAACUACCGGUAAUCUUACGCGCGCUGAGCAUCACUUGCUAUAGGAAGGAAAAACCAACAACUCGAAUCACCACGCUUGAAAAUGAAAGUAGCGGUUGCAGCAGUUUUUCUGAUUUGCAUUAGUGCAAUUGACGCGCGGUCCAAGGCGGAAAAGCGAAAGGACUACGAGUUUGACUAUGACAGCGCGUCGGCCGGGGCAAAUUACGGCCCGUCGUACUCGCCCAAGUCGGGCUACAGUGCCGGAAGUGGGCUCCGUUCGAUUGCGCAAGGAUCGGCGGACCAGGCCGGGUCGGCCGUAGCAAACCAACACGCGGCUGCCAAACAGGCCGCUUACGUAGCCCAGAACACGCUGGCUCAGGCGGCUGCCCAAGCCGCGGCCACCGCGCAGGCCGCCCUCCACGGAAAACAAGUUUUGCUGCAAGGUCUGGAGCAGCAGAGCUUGGAGGCGCAUCAGGCGCUGGACGCCGAAAUUCAGCAACUGCAGCAGGCCAAGCGCGCUGCCAAGGCGGCUCAGCACUCGGCCCAGCAGGCACUCAACCAUGUGCAAGUGCUCACGGCAGCCCUGAACAACGCACAGGUUGCGUCCGAGCACGCCCAGCAGUCUGCCAGCGAAGCGGCCGCUGAACUCGCCUCGCAAACCCAGAUGGUGGGUGCGGCCAAGGCACGAGUAGAGUCCAUCGAAGAGCAGCUGAACGCGGCCCGAGUUGAUUUCGAAGCCACGCAGGAGGCUGCCCACAAGGCUUCCGCCUCGGCCCAGGAAGCGCAGAACAACGCCGCCGAGGCCGCUGCCCACGCCGCCCUGACCCACCGAGUUGGCGUGGUCGACCACCAGUCGAUCCAGGCCAAGUCCUACAAGGCCCAGAGCUUACAGGCGCAGGCAGAUGACAUCAACAGUGCCGAGUACGAAGGACCUGCCAACCACAAAUACAACGACUUCAAGCCGUCCCAGCAGUCCUAUAACUAUCCCGGUUAUUAAGUUUAGCUUCAAGCCCAAAAGCACCCCACCCCGAUCCAAAACAACAGUUUAGCAACCUCUCUAUGUUUUAAUAGAAGCGAGAAAAAAAAACAAGUAAUAUUCCUUAUAUUGUAAGGAAAACCUGCGUACCAACGCGAUCGACAUCGCUAUAUUACGCGGUGAAUUAGAGAAGAUGAAAAAGAAAAACAGGAAACAACGCGAAACGGUCGAACCGGAAAAGGCCUUUGAAUGUCGAAAGUUUACCAAACAGCAUGUUCCCCAAGUACCUAACGAUAUUUCUUGUCGUCAGUUUAUUAUAAACAUUCGUUGUUGUUAUUCAUUGACCCCCAAUAAUGUUAUUUGUGGCAGUUUUGAAGAGAUUGUUAUCUUAUAAUGAAACAGAUGUAGAGUUACCACUUGUAUAUUUAUUUGUUUUAAUAUUUGGCACGCACAUUCGAUCUAGUGAAAUUCGCGCAAGUCUAGUUUCUAGUUCGAUAGUAGAUAAUUAUUUAUUUCUAAAUUGACAUCGUUUCAGGAUAAAUUAAAUCAAAUCAUAUUGUUAUGUAAAGUGCUUAAUGCUUGCAAAUUGAAUAAAAUAUACAAUGAAACCC